CAUUCCAUAUAUAUACUUGUUCCCUUUCCUUUCUUCUCCAUUUCUUUCUUGUGAACCAAGUUUUAUUCCAUCUGUUGAUUCUACUCAAAUCCCUUCAUACUCUGGAAUCAUCAUUAUCUUCGGAACUGUCUAUGCUCGGACAAAACUAAACUCUCCCCUUUCUCCCUCAUUAAUAAAUACCCUCCCUCCCUCCCUCCAGAUUUAUUACCAUCCAAAAUGAUGAUCAAUUCCCAUAACCACCCUGAUUUCUCCCAGGAAAUGCAGACCUGCCGAGAUUACAUUCAAGCCCUCGAGAUUGAGCGUCGCAAGAUUCAAGUCUUCCAACGCGAACUCCCUCUCUCUCUAGAACUUGUCCAACAAGCAAUUGAGGCGUGUAAGCAGCAGCUGUCGGGGACGGCGGUGGAGUGUAAUUUACGCGGCCAGUCGGAAUGUUCGGACCAGACAACAUCCAGCUACGUGCCUGUUUUUGAGGAAUUUUUUCCCAUCAAGAGGGCUUCAUUUCACUCCGAUGGCGAAGAACACCAAUCUGUUCAUGACAAGCUCAACGAAGACGACGACGAUGCUGGCAGCGACGACGGCAAAAUUGGUAGGGAUGAUAAAAAUCCUAUGAAAUCAGACUGGCUUAGAUCUGCCCAAUUAUGGAAUCAGACCCAACCGAAUGCUUCAGAUCCAUCCUUGAAUGAGGAAUCAACCCAGAGAUUGGACGCCACCCGAAAUGACAGUAAUGCACUUCCAGCGAGUGGAGCUUGCGCCACCUGCACGGAGGAGCAAGGCGGCAGCGGCGGCGGCGGCGGCGGCGGCGGAAUUAAGAAAAGCGACGGAAAGGACUCACAGGCCAACAAUCGAAAGAUAAGACGAUGUUGGUCACCGGAGCUCCACCGGAGAUUCUUGCAAGCCCUGAAAGAACUCGGCGGCUCUCAUGUCGCUACACCUAAGCAGAUCAGGGAGCACAUGAAGGUCGACGGUCUGACAAACGACGAGGUUAAAAGCCAUUUACAGAAGUACCGCCUCCACACACGGCGGCCGAGCCCAACAAUCCAACCGGCGGCGGCGGGGCAGGCGCCGCAGUUCGUGGUGGUCGGAGGAAUCUGGGUCCCACCGGAGUACGCCGCCACAGUGGCCGCCGGAGAGGCGGCCGCAUCCACCGCUGCACCUCCCACCGGAAUAUACGCCCCUAUUGCAACGCUGCCGCGGCCGGCCAGUCUAAAACAACAUAAUCCGAUUAUGUCCGACGGCGGCGGUAGUGCCGCCGGAGUACGGUCGAAUUCCCCGGCGACGUCGUCCUCCACUCAUAUGACCGCCGCCACCGCAACCUCGCAGGAUUAUUAAAUAAUAUUUUUUGCAAAUUUGUGUGACAGACAAUGCAUAGAGGAUAUUAUACAGGGAUUUACUAUUUCUUUGCAAAUUUUCCUUCAUAUUAAUAAAUUGUAGAGUCCAUUUUGUUCAUACCUCUGGCGUGCAUUUUGGUUGAAAUAAUAAUGGAGUAAUUCAAAAAUUUCUUAUUACAUUGUUUUCACUUUGUAUACAAAAUUAAUUUAAUAAUAAUUCUUGUGGUCACAUUUUGGAUUGUGACAGUCA